GGAAGUGAAAUGGAGUGAGAAUAAGAUAGCUUAACUCUUGAACUGCUGAGGUCCCUGCGGAGUGCUUGUCUGUUAACCAAGCAUAAUUUCUCCCUUCUUGUUCUACUGACAUGGUAAAUAUGUUUUUUUGCAUUGGCCUUUCUUGAUCUUAAAAUCACCUUGAUUAACUAGGAUAAUACUUUACAGUCUCUUGGUUAACAAAAAUUACAACCCUCACAUUGCACUUGGAAUGGGAAUUGGCAUUUGGGGAAUGCCUGUUUUCAAGAGGGAGAUGAGCAUCUAAGAGACGACCUAGUGAAAAUCCAUGACACAAUAACACCAGCAACUGGUUCACUGACAGAAGAUUAUGAAACACAUACCAACAUGGAUUGAAUGGGUACAUUGCAGUUAACUAACCUUGCCAACCUCAUACUCUCUCAAUAAGUAUUUUAUCCUUUUAAACCUGUUUGCAGUACCAAGAUUCUUCUUACAUCUUGGCAUACAUUCCUAUGAAUGACAGCUCUGAGAAUCUAGUGGUUAAUCCAACAUCUAGGACCUGUCACCUGUGCUUAUUGUCUCUAACUGUUUUUCCUUAGAUGAGUAUUUUCCUUUUUGAGAAUUAUAUCAUUCCUGGACUUCAGAACCUCACUUAUUUUAUAUUCAAUGUGCUUAGUAGAGGCAAUCCUCAGCAGAGUCUUUGGUUAUGGAGAUGGAUGGGACCUUUCUUAUCAUAUUUGUUCAGUGCUUUUUGGGUGUUGCCUCUUUACUGGCUGAGCAAACCACUCAACUCAUUAUGGUAUCAGGAAAUUGCUGAUUCUGCUUAUCGUACUACAAGAGGAAGACCUCUUGGAUUCUUAGCUUCCUUUGGAAGAGAAAGUUUGUCAUCACAUGUUAGCAAAACAGUAGCAGACUUUUUCUUUAGCUUCUUACUUCAGAUGUUCUUUCUUGUUCAGGCCAUGGUUGUGAGCUUUCUUCCUAUCCUGGGACCUCUUAUCAGUCUAGGACAUAUGUGUCUUCUGUAUUCACUUUACACUUUUGAGUACAAAUGGGUGAAUAUGGGAUGGACCGCACCCAAGCGCCUCAUGUACGUGGAAUCUAACUGGCCAUACUUUGUGGGUUUUGGACUUCCUCUUGCUAUUUUCACCUCAUUAGCACCUUCUUUUGUAAUCAGGUCAGUGUGAAAAUACCGUGAAGGAUCAUUUGAAGCAGCGGUCCAAAGUAAUCCCAGUAAGCGAUGGGAAAGGCAGAGU